AUGAAGAGGAAUACAGAGGUGAAGACUAAAACCCCAGUUAAUAAAGCCUUGCCUUCACCAAUUCCUGAUCAGACAGCAAGCCAGCUCUCUGAAUGGAAGCGAAGAGUUCCAACCACUUCGCUGCCAACCUGGUACAAGGAACCAGUGGUCUUCAAAGAUGUAGCUGUGUACUUCAGCAAGAAAGAGUGGCAGCUACUGGACCCUGCUCAGAAGGACCUGUACAAGGAUGUGAUGCUGGAGAACUACGGGAACGUGAUCUUUGUGGAGUGUUAUAUUUUCAAGCCAAGGUUGAUCACCAGGUUGGAGCAAGGUGUUGACAUUUUUGUCCCUGGACAGCGCCAGCAAGGCGAGGCUGGCAGCAGCAGGAGUGACACCUCCUCAGGGAAGAGGACAGGGGAUAAUUCAAAGACAGAAAUCCCGAAGUCAGACAAUUCUAAGACAACACCAGGGAAGAAGCCCAAGAAAACGAAUCAAGGGGGUGGUUCCAAGAGUUCGAGGGCAGAAAAGCGGUCCAAAAGUAAUGACAGGCCAUCUCAGAAUAAGAGGAAAUGUGGCUCAACUUCGACUCCAGAAGCAGGUAAAAGAAUCGCUUCUAGCAGUAAGAAGCAUGCCUCUGUGACCCCGAGAACAUCUUCGAGUCAAACAUCAACAUCAGCCUCUAAAACACCAUGGAGCACCCCUCAAGAGAAGUCAACUUUGGGGAAGGACUCUCAUGGAAAAACACAGCAAGCCAGCAACGCCACAAAUGCCACAAAUCCCAAGCGUAAGCCUGCCCGGCAAGGUAAGAACCACUUUAAAUGUAAGGAAUGUGGGAAGACCUUUAACCAGACCCUCCACCUUGUGGAGCACGAGAGAAUUCACACGGGAGAGAAACCCCACAAGUGUGACACCUGCGGGAAAUCUUUCAGGCACCUCUCGUACUUCCUUACACACUACCGAAUCCACACGGGGGUGAGACCCUACAAGUGUAAGGAGUGUGGCAAAGCCUUCAACAGCAGCUCCACCCUCAACAACCACUGCAGGAUCCACUCGGGGGAGAAACCCUUCAAGUGUGACGAGUGUGGGAAAACCUUCAAGCAAAGCACAAAGCUCACUCGCCACCAACGGAUCCACACCGGGGAGAGACCCUACAAGUGUAGAGAGUGUGACAAGUCCUUUGGCCGCAGCUCAUCGCUGAGGGAGCACGAGAGGAUCCACACCGGAGAGAAGCCCUACCGCUGUCCGGUGUGUGGGAAAGCCUUCAGGGUCAACUCCCAUCUUUCAGAGCAUCAGCGGCUCCAUCUGAAGGUGAAGCCCUUCAAGUGUGAUAAGUGUGGGAGGCAUUUCCGAAACAGCACUUACUUAGCAGAACACAAGCAGAGCCAUCUGCCCGGGGCCCGAGCAGACUGCCCAGAAUGUGGCAAAGUCUUCGAUUGCAAAGUAUCCCUUCUCAAGCACCGGAAACGACAUGAGGCGAACUCCAGGUACCGGUGCAAGGGAUGUGGGAAGACUUUUAGGUGCAAGUCAAGCAUUCAAAGGCAUGAGAGGCUGCAUGCCGGCGAGAAGCCUUUCGUGUGCACCAAGUGCGACAAAGGUUUCACUGACAAAACUACAUUGAAUAAUCACUUGAAAAUCCACUCUGGAGAUAGACCAGAUCCCUGUGCCCAGUGUGGCAGAACCUUUAAAAAACUGGCUACCCUGCAGCUUCACCAGAAAACUCAUAUUAAAAAGAAACCCACCGACAAUGUAUAAAAGACCUUUAGCCAGAGCUUAUGUCUUUGGGUCUUUGGAACAAAACUGAAAAUGAGAGAAACUAUAUAAGUGAACAGUUCCUUCAUUUCUUAGUUAUUUUCUUGUAAGCCAAAUAAUUGUUCACAAAAGACUGA